AGUCCCAAGUGCUUUCCUAUCCUGCGCUCUCAACUUCCUCUCGUACUGCUCCCAACGACCGGUUGGACUUAUGAGAUAUAUCUACGUUUGGAAUUCACAUUACGGAAAUUACCUUUGCCGAAAUAACUGUUCCUGAAGCCAAGGCAAUCGCCCCAGUAGAUAUGCCAGAACGCACAAGGUGACAUAACACAUGCCCUAGUUGAAGUACGGAGGACCAUUAUCACCAACAUGUGGAGAAUCACGGCAAUAUUUCUGCUAAUCCUGAUCGAUGUUAGUCACGGAUGCUUCUUCCCUGACGUGUUGACGCGAAAUGAUACGCAACCAUGGACCGGACAUAUUCACAAUUCUGAAGGUCGCAAUGGAGACGUAUUGCUAUACUUCAGAGAAAACCGGAUGUCCGGUUUUGUGUACAAGGGUUCCGGCGACAUACCGGAUGUUAAAUCAUUGGGAGUGGCUACGUUUAACAGAACAUGUGUAAAUUCUGUGUCGGCUAACAAAUUUCUCGUCAUGCACGAUGAAGAUGGCGAGAGACCGCGAUACCUGUGUAUGGAGAUCAUCAUGAGAAGUAAAUCAGUGUUUCAGUUGAGUGUAUCUGGAUACAGUACGCACAUAGACCCCCUUCUCUGCUAUACGGCCGACAUGAAACUGGAUCCGUGGCUCUAUGUAUCCUUUGAGUCUGUGGUAAAGGACCACACUGUGUGCUCCUUCUCUGGGGGGUAUAAUAUGAAGAUCCGUUCCUCAUCAGGAUCUGCUUUCGGUUGUAACUCUAUGGAGCUUCCAAUGCGACUGGAAGCGGAGUGCAUCAAGGGAGAAGGGAUUUACUUUCAGUUUCGAUAUGAAACUUGCAAAGAAGAUUUGCCCCUGGAGGUGGAUCAAAGAACCUUUUGCACGGCCACGUGGAUAGACGGUCGCUUCACGUAUUCGCUGCUCCGCAGAUUCGGUCGUAAGGAUUUGUGGUGUCUCAGAACACCUUUAAUUCGUACGCAUAAUUUCACGUCGGUCCUCUUCCUGCAGGGAAUGUGUGGCGACGAGGAAACUUACAACAGCAGCGUCAAGUUUGUCACCAUAAAUCUGGAAGAAACUCAGUUCAAUGACGUUUGUCAGGACGAGUAUUCUGGGUGCACAGAAAAGCGCUGCACGGAGUACACAGAACAGUCGUGCCCCAAAUCGUGCGGACUCUGCCAUCCAGGUGAACAGAUGUUCUCGUGCAAAUUCCCAAAGCCUUACCGUGGUGACUGGCUCCAGACUGAUUUCGAUUCCAAGCAGCAGGUGCAGAUAGCUUCCUCGAAGAUCUCGAUUCAGAACAUGGGUAAUUUUAAGUGCGUACGUUCGGAGAAAACAACAGAGCGAGUGGAAAGGAAAUACGCGUUAGUUUCCUUAUUUUCCAAUGGCUGUCGACCGAGGUUCACGUGUGUUGCGUUUCGUCGCUUCGGCCAUUCGGUGUUGGCGUUUACAAUGAGCAAAAGCAUUGCCUGGCCUUUUCCUCCUAGGAUAGAUGUUCCAGAAACCGUCUGUAAGGAUUCGCAGUUCGAAGCGGAUCCGUCCCCAAUGAGAGAUACGUUCAGGGGUAACCUAGACACGUUUAAAACUGUUAUAUCCCAGAAGCAUCCACGAAGUGUCGUGAACUGUCAGUUACGCCAGGUGCACAAGAUUCAAGGAAACUUCAACGGCACAGAUUCUUGUAAAGGAGAACUGUAUGAAGACUGUAACGAUCCCACGCGCUUGAGAAUGGACAUCGAGAAAUGCGGCCACAAAACGGGAUCAGUCGACUUCCGGUGUCUGUCAACGUACGAAGGGAAGUACUGGGAACGGAUAACCAUCCUACAAAAUUUGGAAGAUCCUACCGACGCACGGUGUAUUAUUUUCAGCGAGGUACGAGCCGGAGAAAUGUUGAUGAUGACUGCCAGUGAAUGCGACAGAAAUUCCUGGGUUUGGGCUUCCGGUGGAAAGAGACAUGCGCUUGGAAAGUUUAAUUUUCAGACGGACGAUAUCUCUUGCAAGAUCGUCCCGACGAAACCACCCACGACUCCCAGACCCCCGCAAGUAGCCACAUAUCGCAUUCUCACGAGCUCCGAGGUUCUCCUUAGCGCAACCACACAUAGGAAUCUCUACGGGCAAAGGCAGGGAUCCAAAACUGUGACACGGGUGGCCACGCCUCCAUCGGAGUCGUUAGCAAAGGACAGUAAUCUUCAAAGCGAUAGUGGAAACGUUGCCGUUGUGGAAGCUCCGAGUAGAGAUAAUCCGCCUAGUUCUGGGUCAAGACUGACUCACCCCAACACACAAGAAGCUGUUUCCUUCUUGGGUUUUACUUUCAUGUGUUAUUUAAUCUCAAGAAGUUAGACUGUGGCGUGAAUUAACCUUCAUCAGGAGUUACAGAAACAGGAAACCCAUGUAGGUUACAGGCUUUUGAAAUGGAUACAGGUCUUCGCCGUUUGUCCCAUUUUGGCAAAGACAACCAGUAACACCCGAACAGUGGGUAAUUACCUUUAACACGAGCUCCAUAUACCGGUAUGCUUACAGCUCAUCAUAUGUCGUGAUGUCGAGCAGCAAGUGCUACUUCCAAAGAUGAUCUAUGAAUACCCCUGUAAUGAGCAUGGCGAUAACAUUCUUAAACGUUCUAAGUAUGGUUGUCAUCGAAAAGCUCGCUUUCCUAUAUCAAGCUGAGAUAAAGAACUACCGUAAGAUGAAUCCACGAGCCCACUCAAGCGGACUUAAAAAGGCGACUUCUGCAGGGAAAUACAAUUGCUUUGACUUCUAAUGUGUGGUGAAAAUUACAUAUGCUUACAACUCUGUCUUAAAU